AUGUCGUUCCGCUACGGUUACGGCGGGGGCCUCGGUGGAGGCGCGGGCGGCCUCGGCGGCGCGUACGGCUCGGGCCGCGCGUACGGCGCCAGCGGCAUGUACGGCGCGGGCGGCCUGUACGGCGCGGGCGGCGCGUACGGAGGCGGGGGCGCGGACUGCGGCACGGCGUGCUGCGCGACCACCACCUCCUGCAUGGGCUGCGGCCCCGGCGCCGGCGCGGCGUGCGCUGAGGGCUCGGGCUGCGGCGGCGGCGGCGGCACGAUCCUGAGCUACGUGGGCCCGGGGGGCGACUACGUCCAGGAGACCACGUACAAGUACGUGGGCAUGGGCGCGGGCGAGUUCGGGGCGGUCCGCAUCCCUGGGCGCGGCCCGAACUGCUGCCUGAUCUGCCUCGUGCCCCUGGGGCUGUCGCUCCUCCUGCUGCCCCUCCUGCUCUUCGCGAUGGCGCCGGGCUCGACGACGACCACCACGACGACGACCACCACCCCGGUGAUCAUCACGACCACUCCGCCGCCUGACACCACCACCGCGAAGACCACCACCACGAAGGAGAAGAAGAUCAACUGCGGCGAGGGCGACGUCGUGUCUUGGGAUGUGCCCAAGAAGGUGUACUGUUGCCUGCACGAGGGCAAGGGCUGCCCGACGACGCCGGCUGCGCCCAGCACCAUGCCGGCGCCGGUCGUGCCCGUCGCGCCGGUCGCGCCUGUGGUGACAACCGCGAUGAGCACCACGUCCCCGUGCCCGAUCGACUGCAACGCCGGCUACAACGACCUCGACCCGCUGCAGUGGGUGCGUGGCUGGUCUGGCGAGAAGAAGAUCUACUGCUGCAAGACCGCUGGGAUGACCGCAUCAGGGCCAUGGCCAGGAUCCGACGGCGCGUGCUGGCCGAGCGGUACGAGGCCCCGCAGCGGACCAGAGAAGAGGAGGAGCCAGAUGUGGAGGCAGCAGAGGUGGAGGAGGCCGCAGAGGAGCAGCUGGAGGCGCCAAGGGAGGAGGAGGCCCAGCACCAGCAGCGCGGGCCAGAGGCUGCAGCAGGUCCCCUCCCAGACAGCGGCGAGGCAGAGGAGGGAACGCGCAAACGACGCCGCAGCGGCGCCGAGAAGGGACGGAAGUUGA